AAGAAAUCUGUGAUGGCUAUGGAGAACAGCAAACAAGAAUCCGGAGAAACACAAAUACCAAAUCUUGGUGUUACUGCAACUGGUGCAACGACCCCAUGUUCCAUCGGCGGAAAAUAUUGCCACCAGUGUCGCCAAAAGAGAACGGAUGUUGUUGGAUCUUGCGUGGCCAAGAAGCGAAGCACGACUUGUCUGCUGAAGUUCUGUCCCAUGUGCCUAAUAAACAGGUAUGGGGAGAACGCAGAAGAGGUUGCUUUAAAGACCGAUUGGAUUUGCCCCAAAUGCAGGGGUAUUUGCAAUUGUAGCCUCUGCAGGAAGAAACGGGGUCAGAGGCCUACCGGGAUAUUGGUAUACCAAGCUAAAGAAACUGGAUGCUCCUCUGUCUCUGAGCUUCUUGAAACUGAGGGUGCUGACAAAUUUUUCUACAAGAAGAAGGCAAAACCGGAAGAUGCUGCUGUAGCUUCUUCCCAAAACCAAGGGGAGGAGAACACUGUUAUGGAUAUAAAUAACGCAUGUGGCAUUGAGACUGCUGCAGUGAAAAAAGGUAAAAAGAAAGAGGAGGAUCAGCUUGAGGAGGUUAAAAUACCUCAGGGUAUCAGCUCAAUCCCUGUUUCUGGCAUUGACUUGCCCCCUGAAAAUGCUGGAGACGUAUUUCAGUUCUUGGAGUUCUGCUUAGCUUUUGGAAAGACUCUUGAUUUGAAGAAAGGAGAAGCUGAAUGUGUUAUACGUGAAAUGUUAUCUGGGAGCCAACAACAUCCUAUGGUCAUCCAGAUGAUAAUCAAAUUACUGACUGUGAUAUUGGAAGACAGAGGAGAAACAUCGGUUUGCUUGAGUGCGACUGAUGAUAGUUGGUUCACUGCCAUUAGAAAAUAUCUAGUGGAAUCAGAAGUUCAAAUUGAUGGCUUCCCUGCUCAAAUGCUUCAAGAGUAUGAGAAGUUGGAUUUGAAGAACAGGUUUAAGCUUUUGAAUUUCUUAUGCGAUGAAACACUUGGCACAUCACUGAUCAGGAAUUUCAUUGAUGAUUCUUUUGCAAAGAAGCAGGAAGCAAAAGAUAAGUUGAAGGCAGCAAAAAAUAAGGUGAAUCAACAUGAGCAGAAGUUACAACAUGAGUUUGCCAAAGCUGUAUCAGAGAGUAAUGGGACUCUGUUGUCAAAUGAAAAAUGGCAUGCAAUUUUAUCGCAAACAAAUGAUGAAGAAGUUCAUUCUGAAAUGCUUGAAGCAUCCGAAAUGCUAUCUAAAGUGAGUAAAAAAAGUGAUGAUACUCAUAGAACCAAGCCGGUCGAACUGGAUGAAAAUGGUUUUAUUCUUUGGAAGUUGAAGUCAUACAAUAAUGAAGAACCAAACUUGUUGCUUCAAGAUAUAGGAAGCUGGGAUGAAGUAUGUGCUCAUGAAAAAUGGUUUGCAUUUAGCUCUGAGCAGAAACCAGAAAUAGAGAAGUACCUCUCUUUCAAAAGGAUGAAACGGCUUGAAGCAAAGAGGAAAACAAAAACUAUUGUUGAGUCGUAGCAGGAGCACAUAAGAAAAACAUGAUUCUGAGUAGUAGGGGCAGAGGUAAAAGUACUGCUG